UGAAUUCGAAAACGUCAAAAUUGUCAAACGAAAAGUCUAGUUUGGUAUUGAUUUUUUGGUAUUCAUAAUACAUAAUCUUGCUGCUGCUGCUGCAUUCUGUUGGGAAAUUGAGCGGCAAACGAUAUCUGCACAAAAAUGUCGGCGAAAUUGAAUGAAGCCCAAGAACAUUGCAAGGCUGCAGAAAAGUUUUUGAAAACUUCACUGCUGCGAUGGAAGCCAGAUUAUGAUUCAGCAGCAGAUGAAUAUAGUCAAGCAGCCCAAUGCUACCGCAUUGCACGUGAUUUGAAGAAAUCCAAAGAUUGCUAUAUUAAGGCUUCAGAGAUGUACAAGAAAAACCAUUCCUUUUUCCAUGCCGGAAAAGCCCUUGAGAAUGCAAUUAUUGUCAGUAAAGAAAUUUCAUCUCCAGAUGAGAUUUUCACUUUGGCAUGCGAUUCUAGCAGUCUUUACCAGCAACAUGGUUCAGGUGACUCAGGAGCUAAUGUCCUUGACAAAGCAGCCAAGAUUAUCGAGGAGAAGUCGCCUGAGAAAGCCGUAAAGUUGUACCAACAGGCAGCUGAUGUGUCAUCUACUGAAAGCAGUCAACAUCAAGGAUCUGAAUACAUUAGUAAAUCAUCAAGGAUAUUAGUCAAAUUGCAAAGAUACGACGAAGCAGUGGACAGUCUUCGCAGGGAGAUUGGUUUCCAUCAGGAGGCUGGUAACAUUGGAGCUGUGGGCCGCCUUACCGUUGCCAUUGUGCUGGUGCAACUGGCUAGAGGAGAUGCAGUAGCUGCAGAAAAAGCUUAUAAAGAAUGGGGUAACAACUGUGAAGCACCUGAAAUGCAAACUAUUGAGCAGUUGCUCCAAGCUUAUGAUGAAGAAGACAGGGACUCGGCUAAAAGGGCUCUAGCAUCUCCAUUUAUACGUAGCAUGGAUGUAGAGUAUGCUCGUUUGGCAGCCUCAAUACCGCUACCUGAAGGAAUCGAGCCUCCGCCUAAAGCUGCAGUCCGGGAGAAUGCGGCACCAUCAUAUGUCAGCCCGAAUGCUUCAUACAUGCAGGCAAAAUCUGAUGACAAUAAGGCUGACUAUACAUAUGAAGAUAAGAAAACUGAUGAUGAAGAUGAGUUGUGUUAAAUAAGAUUAGAAUUUUUGGGGAUAAAUAUCACUUACAUUUAUCCCCCGUCUUUUAUCUGAAUUUCAAUUAUUAAUAUUUAAAAAUAUUAUGCAUUUAUAUUAUAAAAUAUUAAGAUGUUUCAUAAAAUCAUUUGCUUUAGAUGUAUUCUUAAGUAUGUGCACUAUUACUUAUUAUUAAGUAUUGUUCAGUGUAUAUUUUAAAUUAAAACACUUUGUAUGCCUUAUAUGUGUAAAUUUUCAAUUUUAUUAGAAGUUGGAACUUUGAUGUAUCCUAUGGUGUUCUUGUUAGCCAAUUUUUAUUAAGGCAAAGUAUAUUAUAAUACAAUAUUUAGGUCAUAAAGAUACCUUAAUAUUAAUUAUGUUAAAUCUUAACCUAAUAAAUUAUCGCCCUCUAGACAGAAUAAAACAAUAUAUAUUUAAAACAGUGGAGAACUAUUGCUGAAAAAUAGUUCAGUUAUUGCUUUAUGUUCAAUUGUAAUUCCAUAUAAAUAUUAUUUGAUAUAAAAAGGGUUUCAGGAGUUAUGUUAAAAUGUUUAAUGUUGUGCAGAAUGUAUGUUCAUAAAGUUUUUCUAUUUGUUAACUUAAUAUAUUUUUGGGGCUAAUAAUAUUUAAAAAGUAUAUUUAAAUUGCUGAUAGGGCUAAUUUAUGUACCAUGAAAACAUAAUAUUUAUAAAUAUGUAUUCUAAUUAAUAUUUAGUUAUAAUUGUUUAAUUUGGCAAAUAAUUUUAAUAUAUAUAGUGUAAACUCCACAUAACGUCACUCGAUUUAACGUCAAACUCCUUAAAGCGUCAUAAUUGCUUUGUCUGAUUGGUUUUCCUUGUUUUUCAUAGAAAAAAAAAUUAUGUUAUAAUUUUAUAUGUUAAAUUUAAAUUUUUAAAUCGAAAUAAUGCAAUUUCAGAUAACUAAAUAAUGAUACCCACAAAUUAGAGUAGGAUAAGUGCGCACGUUUUAAAUUAGAAUUGUCAUAAAAAUAUGUUUUAUUUCAUUGUUAGUAUUUCGAAAGCAAUGUUCAUAAACAUAUCAUAAUUAAUGAUUAUGAUAUAAAAUGAUGCGUCCUUAAUAAAUGAGAGAUUUCUAUGGUGUCUAUGACUAAACUUGAAUGAUAAGCUGAAAAUCUUCAGAGUAGGCCAUUUAAACAAAGAUCGAUGUUGUAAUUACUUUGAAUGUAAGUUGACUAUUAAGAGCGCAAUAAAUUUGCCUGCCUAAAUAUUGUUAGUAAAUUAUUAAUAUAAUUGUGAGUAAAUUGUUGCUUUAUUUUAAUAGAAGUUUUUCAAUGUUAAGAUUAUAUAGAAAAUGUUUUAAAUUAAGCUAUUAUAUGUUGCACUAUUAUUUUUGAUAUUUGUAAAUUAUUGGAGAUAGGUGGUUAAUGUUUUAAGUACCUAUCGAAUAGUUAAGAGUAAAGAUGUAUUUUUAUUUGAAAUAUAUGUAUAUGUUGUAAUGAGUAGCAUUUAGUAUAAUUGUGUUCAUUUACGGAAUUGCAAUAAGAAAAAAUGUAUAAUUGUAUGUUUAGAAGGGGACAUGUAUGGAUUAUUUAAAUCACUCUUCUAGGUCUUAAAUUUAUAACUUUUAGAAAGCUUUGUGUAUGUUAUAAAAUAAAUAGAUAAUGUGCUUCAACUUUCAUAUUUCACUUAUUUGAAAGACAUUCAUGUUUUCCAUUACAAUUUUGUAAUGCUUACUAAUUACUUCUUUAUUUCUAGUCUAUUAAACUAGAAUGAUGGUCAAUUCAAUAUUCAUGUUAAAUAUUGCUUCUAAAAUAAA